AUGAUGUUGCCCAUAUUGAUUUUCGUUUUGAGUCUCGGCAUCUCAAUCAGCUCAAGCACAAAGAUAGGUACGGAAGACGAGCAUAAAAUUUCCAUUGUGGAGUCAGAAGAAGUCCAUUCCUGGCUAUUUCGCAAUGAACAGCAUUUACUAUCAUCCAAAUUGUGGAACAAUUUGGAAUCUGCAAGUCUGGAAUUCAAUAAAACAAUCAUCCACUUGAAUGAAACUGAUCAAACUUUCCUUCUUUCAUCAACCCAUCCCUUAACAUUUUACGAGAUUGACCCAGGAGACCCAAAUAGAUUUUCAAAUACCGUUCCAGUUACAGGAUGCUUGAGAAUGGCCAAUAAUACUUCAAGUAUCACAUAUAUCGAUGCGCAAGGAUACUCGCUUUCCACGCCACCAGGGAUAUCAGUUGGGAUUUCCUUGUUAAUUGUAAGUUUGGCAAACGAUUAUGGAUUUGAUGGAUUGGGGAGUAAGCUCUACAUGAGUAACACCAUUAUUUGUCGGGCCGGCAUCGGUGAAACGAUCCAAGUCCAAAAGAAUUUGAAGAUUAUUUCGUUUCCAUCGGCAAAAGUAAAAAAGCAUAUUUGGAAGAAGAAGCGGAAGAUGAAACCAAUAAUAAGUGGAUUGAAAGGUUUCUGGCAGAAAAUGAAAGCGGGUAAUGGUGUGCAUGUUGCAAGUUCAGGUGAAUGGACAAAGGGAAAAUGGGAAGAUAUUUACACAUUAUACAAGUAUAAAAAAUUGGGAUUGCUAUUUUUCAAUUUGAAUGAGUUGAAACACGAAAAGCUGUUUUGUGAGAGUAGAGAAGAUUAUUUACAAUGUCUGGUUUUAAACCAUUGA